AUGGCUACGCACACUGCCGCUUCGACGUCCAGUGACCCUCCGCUCAAAGUCAAACCUCCCCAAGCCGUUUACACUCCUUGGCGCUUGGCAGUCUACGACAUCUGGGUGUUAGGCAUUGUCAGCACUUGGGCCUGGGGCUGCCCGAUCAGCCAGUAUUUGAUUCCUUUAUUCCGGUCCAAUGUCGGCAAGAAUCAUCUCGAUAUCGGCGCUGGAACCGGUUACUACCUGCGCAAAGCGCACAUCCCUCCCUCCGCACAACUGACCAUCGUCGAUAACGAAGAGGCGGCCCUGAGCGUAGCAAUCGCCCGCUCGAACCGGCCGGAUGCCCGCGGCAUUGUGACAGACAUACUCCAGCCGCUGCCCGCUACGGAGAAGUUUGAUUCAGUGUCCAUGUACUACCUCCUCCACUGCCUCCCAGUCCCGGUGGCGGUCAAGUGCCGGGUUUUCUCCCAUCUCAAGAAAGAUAUGACGGCAGACGGGGUGAUCCACGGGGCCAAUGUAUUGGGAUGCGGAGUCCGAAAGGACAAUUGGUUUGCAGCGUUUAUCCGACGCGGGUGUUUGAAACACGGAGUGUUUCAUAAUCGGGAGGAUAAUGCAUAUGAGUUUGAGCGGGCGCUGCGAGAGAAUUUCCACCAGGUGGAGACGUGGGUCGUAGGAUCCAUCUUUAUCUUUCGGGCCGCACGGCCGAUCGACAACUAG